AUGCUUUCUAACGGCAACAAGAAGGAGAGAGACCUUGAAUUCUUCUUUGAAUAUGAUAUGAACGAAGGUGAAGGACGUGAUACUGAAACUGCCAAGUUGGAGAGUGAUGACGAAGAAAACAAUAUAACAAGCCUUCAAUCUUUCACUUCUCUCCAAUGGCCUCAAAGUUACAAAGAGACUACAGAUUCUUACACACUUGCAGCAACACCAAACUUUGAUUCAAUUCUACGAGUACCAAGUAUUAUACUUUCCAGUUUUGAAAACCGUUCAAAGAAUAACUUGCAAAUAGAUGGAAAGACUCCUUUCCUCUCUAGUCCUGAAGUCAGUCCCCAAUCAACCUUGUUGAAGGAAGGUUCAGUGGAAGGUCAUUUAGAAGGCGAAUUGCCCAUUGGUCAUGGGUGCAGCUUAAUGCAAACAAUUUUCAAUGCAACCAAUGUGAUGGCUGGAGUUGGCAUUCUGUCAACACCUUACACAUUGAAGGAAGCUGGCUGGAUGAGCAUGGUGUUGAUGGUUCUUUUUGCUAUCACUUGUUGCUGUACAGCCACCUUUAUGAGAUACUGUUUUGAAAGUAGAGAAGGAAUCAAUAGCUAUCCUGAUAUAGGAGAAGCUGCAUUUGGAAAAUAUGGUCGUAUUAUUGUAUCAAUCAUCUUGUACACUGAAUUAUAUUCAUGCUGUGUAGAAUUCAUCACCUUGGAAGGAGAUAACCUCACUAGACUAUUUCCCGGAAAAUCCUUAGAUUUGGGUAGUUUCCACUUAGAUUCUGUGCACUUGUUUGGAAUUUUGGCUGCACUUAUAUUUAUCCCAACUGUUUUGCUGAAGGAUCUUCGUAUAAUCUCUGCACUGUCAGCUGGAGGGGUUUUUGCUACACCGUUGAUUGUUGUCUGUGUGUCUUGUAUUGGUAUAAUGGAUGGUGCUGGAUUCCAUCACAGUACUAAAUUGGUCAACUGGAGUGGCAUUCCAUUAGCUAUUGGAAUCCACGGGUUUUGCUUCGCAGGACAUUCCGUUUUUCCAAAUAUUUACCAAUCUAUGGCUGAUAAAACACAGUUUACUAAAGCAGUAAUAGUAUGUUUUGUAUUGUCUGUUGCAAUAUAUGGAGGUGUUGCCAUCAUGGGAUUCCUUACUUUUGGUGACGACACUUUGUCUCAAAUAACCUUAAAUUUGCCACGAAAUGCAUUUGCUUCCAAGGUUGCAAUAUGGACAACAGUGACUAGAAGUCUCGAGGAGUUGCUACCAGAUAGAUUUUCAAAUACUUAUCCGUGUUUCGUUCUUAUCAGAAUUGCACUUGUUGUAUCUACAGUUUGUGCUGCUUUUCUUAUUCCUUUUUUUGGGUAUGUGAUGGCUUUAAUUGGCUCUCUCUUCAGUAUACUUGUGGUGGCAUUGAGCGUUGCAAUUGCUGCAUUUGGAGUCAUUUUUGGAAUUUUAGGAACUUAUUCAUCUGUGCUCAAUAUUGUGAAGAGUUACUGA